AUGAAAACUAAAGUAAUCUAAGUAUUUAUAAUCUAUCUAUAGAUACGUAUUUUUUGUACUUUUUGGAUUAUUAUUCAAUAGAUUGAAUAAGUACAACCAAUUGAUUAACCAUACCUUAAAAUCUUACAAAAAAGAAUACUGAUCGCAGUGAUUUUAAAAACAAGUUUGACCUUCUCAAGAUCAAUAAAUAAUCAAGUAAAUAAUUUCGCUAUUAGAUCCCCUCAACCAAAUCCUCAAUAGGAUUAACCAGAGGGAGUAAAUCAGCAACCAUUUUGA